AUGAGCACCUCCCUACUGAGUAUCCAGCGUGAUAUCAUCCUUAAUACGAUCCGUUAUACCGCGGGUGAUGAGUGGAAAGUAUUGGUUGUGGAUGAGACCAGUCGGAAAUUGAUCCUUAAUGCCGUGAGCGAGGAUGACAUCCUCAACCUCAACGUCACCAAUGUCGAACAGAUCGAACAUCGGCGGUCGCCCAACCCGGGGAUGGACGCGCUCUACAUCCUGUCGCCGCAAACGCACAUCGUGGAUUGCCUGAUGGCCGACUUUGAACGAAAGAGAUACAGAAAGGCAUGGUUGGUCUGGACAGCAGUGCUGGAACCGCAGCAGCGCGUGCGGCUCGAACGAUCCCAGAUGGCGCAAGAUCAAAUCGCCAGUUUCCGUGUCAUGAAUGCCGACUAUUUCCCGCGGGAAGCGCGCGUUGUCACCUUUCGAGACCCUUGGAGUUUCCCCGUGUUGUUCCACCCGGGGUGUAACCAUCUGAUUAAAGGGCACCUGGAGUCAUUGGCACAGAAGGCCGUGUCGAUCUGUGUGAGUCUAGGAGAGUACCCAACGAUCCGAUACUACCGCCCCAGAACCCCCACGCAUGAAGCCAGUGUCUUGUGCUCGCACUUGGCCCGGUUCAUUCAGAAUGAACUAGAUCAAUAUGCGCAUUUUCAGCGCGAUUUUCCUCCUCCAUCCCAGCGACCUCGAGGUGUUCUCCUGGUGGUAGAUCGAUCUAUGGAUCUUGUCGCCCCCCUCGUCCAUGAGUUUACCUACCAGUCCAUGGUGCACGACCUGCUACCGAUCAAAGACGGCGACAAAGUUACCUAUAAAACGAUUGUCAACGAAGGGAGUCACAAUGAGGAGGUGAAGGAGAUGGAAAUUAGCGACCAAGACAACGUCUGGGUCGACUACCGACAUCUUCACAUGAAAGAUGUUCUUGAGAAGCUAGGUGAUGACUUUGCCAAGUUCAGGGCUGCGAACCCUCAGUUCGCAGAGGAAAACAAAGCCAACGUUAAUACGAUUAAAGACAUGCUGGCGGGUCUCACCGAAUUCCAGCAGGGCAGAGAUGCAUACACCCUGCACCUGAACAUGGCGCAAGAAUGCAUGAAGCUUUUCCAGGAGCACAAACUCAUCGAAGUGAGCUCUGUGGAGCAAUGCCUGUCUACGGGCCUAGACGAGAACUACAAAAAGGCCAAGGGACUCGGUGCCCAAUUGGUUCAAUUGUUGGAUGAUGACACAGUCGGACAAUCGGACAGACUGAGGCUAUUGCUGCUUUACAUCAUCUAUAGAGGCGGUAUCCUUGGUGGAGAUAUCAGAAAGCUUCUGGCCCACGGUCAACUUCCGCCGCAGGACGGAGAAGUCAUUUACAACCUGGAUCUUCUAGGAGCUAGAGCGGAGAAGCCCCUAAAGGACGAGAAGCCGCCCGUCCAACCACUUUUCGCCAGAAAGCCCCCGUCUCCUGCCGAGGCUGACGAGACCAGCUUGUCUCGGUAUGAGUUGAAUGUGAAAUUAAUGCUCGAGGAUCUCAUCCGCGGAACCCUGGACCCAACCGUGUUCCCAUUUACUCGGCCGCAAACGGAUGCCGAUGGAAUGGCACAGCACCAAGACACGCUCGCACAGGCGUCUCUGCGAAGUGCCAAACCGACCUGGGCCCGAACUCGCUCGGCCGCAGAGCAACCCAAGCAGCGCAUCAUCGUCUUCAUGGCGGGCGGUGCCACCUAUGGAGAGACUCGCACCUGCUAUGAAGUCUCGCAAACCUUUGGCAAGGAUGUUUUCAUGGCUACCUCCCACCUGCUAAGCCCCAGCUUGUUCUUGCGACAACUCGGGGACCUCAGCACCGACAGGAGACGUCUGGAUAUUCCGGCCGAGCGCCCCAAACCCACCGCUCCGGCCCAUCUGUUCGAGAGAGAGCCGCCACCGCCGCAACCCGCGCCCAAGAAACCUCCUCCUAUGCCGAAUCUCAAUCCUCCAGUGCCUCCCUCGCAGGCCAUGGGCGCAAUGUCGUUGGGACCCAGUGUUCCCAAACCCGCCAACGGCACGGCCACCGCUGGCUCUCCUGCGCCCGGCCCAAAACCCCCCAAGGAGAAGAAGGAGAAGAAGCGGCAUCAUUUCUUCAGGUAG